AUGAAAUUCCUCCAAGCCCUCCUCAGCCUUGCUGGCGCGGCCUCCGCCCUCGACAUUUACUUCCACACCGGGCCCAACUGCAACGACGCCUCCGUGAUCUGCAGCGGCAUCAACCCCGGCGUCUGCUGCAGGGCCGGCGGCAUCACCUACAGGAGUGUCGCCUACCGCGGCAUCGUGCCCAGCUGGCGCAUCCGGUGCCGGAGCUACCAGGGCAACGGCUGCGAGAUCCAGCGGGCCGACUCGACCGUCAACGGCGUCAACUACCAGUGCCACUCGUUCCAGAACAACUACAACUACAACGGCGCGCGGUACGACUUUGUCAACCGGAAGCGCGCCGAGGACACGUGCGCGGCCGAAGACGGGACCUGCGAGUCCACCCAGCAGGCCGACACCUUGGUCCUCGAGGACGGGACGCAUCUCCGCAUCACCGAGUUGGAAGAAGACCCUCUCGAGGAACUGCAAACGGCACCGUUGCCGCUGACCUCCCGCAGGAGUUCCAGGAGUUGGAGAUCAAGCAGUAGAUGCCCUGGCGUGGUGACAGUGACGCGGGACCGACACGCCGUGAGCAAGACCCCUUUCCGGACACGCAAGGAGCACACGUUCCACGUGGUAUCGAACCAUUCAUCUGGUGGAACACUUGCUGACCCCGCCGGCACGUCCAGCCUCCAGGUUGCCGCGCACACAACAGCGGCCGCUGGCACCCCCCAGCAGCCCAAGACGCUCGAGGUCGACGGGUGGAGGUUGGUCACGAGUGCCACGUGA